AUGCAUGAUGACCACACUUCUUCGACAAUUCAACUUCAAGAUAUUCAAUCCAGAGAAAGGUUGACUGAGACUCCGGCUACGAUUUCUGCUCCUUCCACGUUUGGUACUGAGCCUCAUUCAGAAGAUGAUAGCUUAUCCACCCAGCAAUGCACCGAGAGCAACUACGAGCCCAAACCGCCGAAACCAUCUGUGCCCCUACGACGAACCGUGUAUCCUGUGCUCCUCGUUUUACUGUACAGCGGGGCAGCACUUUACGCUUGGGUUAUCAUCUGCAUCCUCACUCAUCGCCCCAUUGGUGGAAUAAGCUACGGACCCGACCAACUCAACAGGACUCUCACACACUCGCCUACAGACAUUAUUGAGCCCCAGUACCUCAACAAAAUCUUUGACAAGAGUGAGAGGUAUCUUAGGGCUGCGAGAGUUGUACAGUCUCUUGUAUCCGUGGUGACUAUCCCUUUAACCUCUGCCGUGUGCUCGCAGGCAGCUGUGGUUUAUAUCCAGCGGAAGCGAUGGAGAAAUGGCCCGACCCUCCGGCAAAGCAUGGCUCUGGCAGACAAGGGAUGGAGCGACAUUGACCUCAUAAGAAAACUCAUUCUCGGGGGUUGGAAGAAGUACAGCUCCCUGCUACUUCUUUUGGGCUUGUUUCUUCAUCUUCUAGGCUUUACAAUAUCUCCAGUGCAGCAGCUCUUUCUCUCAUAUAAGUCCAUCAAGCGUGUCCGGUCAUUUCCCUCUGAACUCGGCCCUAUCAACCAAAUCUCUGAUCUUUUCCCUUCCGGUGACGAAGGUGCCGAUGUUGACUUGAGUAUAAUGAAGCUGAGGUCCAAUUUGGCAUCGGCCAUCAAUGAUGAGGUUCAAAUGAGACUCUGGUCGCGAAAUAAUGACACCGUUUCUUCAGAAGAUCGUGUCGAGAAUAUCGAGGCUUAUUCGCUGGUAGAAACAAAAAGUCAGAACACACUCGCCAAUUUAAGCACUAUAACAGACCCUUUUUGGGCUGAGCUCCCCUCCAGUACGACGACUGGCUUGCUGCAAGAGUUCGCUCCUCGAAUCAAUUCGACGGCCAAAUGGGAGAACAACUCGGAUGCUACGCUUCCCGCGGACUGUCACCCAUCGUCUGAUGCCUUCUACCUCCACUAUAUAUACCACUAUGACGAUAUAUUCGGAUACGACAUUCAAGUCUGUAUGCCAGGCAAUGUAUCGAAAUCGCCGUGGAAGAACCAGAAUAAUCGACAAGACAUUAGCGAAGAGUUGUACCUUUCGAUGAACUUUUCAAAGAGUAGUGAAUCUUCAGGGCUCGCUCCAGCAAGCGUCAAUCCCGGAAUGUAUUCAAGAAAGCUGACACUCCAAUCUACGAUGGGCUACUUUGAGCUUCCUAACUACGCGAAUGGCGGACUCCCCGGGCCAUUAAUCGAAGGAGACCCGUCCAACAACAAUGCGGAGCCAAAUUUGCGGAAGAGAAAUACGGACAAUGAUACAGCAUGGAAUAUACUUAAUUCUACCGAAAAGUUCGACAUUUCCAGCCCUAAAGGCCCGCUACUUAGCAUUGCCUUGGCUUUGUUUGGAGAAGGCUCAUUUGUCGAUGUACAACAUACAACCUUGUCAGCAUACGCCAGUUCCAACGUCUCUUAUCCUGGUUGUAUUGCGUUAAUCCCCUUCAUUUCACUUCUUCAUGAAACCGACGUUUCCAAGGCCCCGGAUCUGUUGGAUCCCUGUUUAGUGGGAGAGGUCGUCCAGGGUGGUACUAGUGCAUAUGAUCUCACAACAAAAACCAUCUCGAUGCACUCAAUAGUUGCAGCAUACUUUUUCCUUUUCUCUGGGGACUACCCUUCGGCGCCACCGGCGAAUGUGGUGGAGAAUGCGUUUGCGGCAUCGGCAUUUCUGGCCAACGGUGCAAUGAUGGCGGAUGUGGUCUAUCCGAGUCUCUAUGUAUCAUACUCUUUGGGUGUCGAUAUGCAAAUACCGUCAGUAUCCCGGGAAGGAAUCAUCAUUGUCUCGGUAUUACUAGGUCUCGACUUGUUUUGUCUCUUGGUGAUGGCGAUCUACAGUGCAUGGAUUCCUCGCUGGACCAAAACUCUUGACUCCUUUGCGAUGCUGCGGAUAGGGGCUUCUAUACCAGAAAAGGUCCCUUUGCUCGCCACAAAUCAUGCUGAGUGCAUCAAGUCUCUUGAUGAAACUCCCGGUUGGAUAGGGAACGAAGCUGAAGGCAAGAUAGGCCAGCUAUGCUUAGGAGGGCAACGGCCACUCAAGAAGACGAAGCGUUAUACCGGCUACGACACAGAUCAGAAGGCUCAAUCAUCAGCGACCAGGGAGGCUUCGAGAGCUAUCAGGCGAGAGGGCUACUCUUUAGCUCCAGAAGAAAAUUCGCAGCAUUCAAGCCAUUGA